CUGAGCACAUCCUCCUCCGGGAAGCUUCAGGGCCAGUCUUCUUCACGGUACCCGGGAUCUCUUCCAGAACCGACGGUUCCUUAGAGAUGGAGGUUGUAGGGAAAAGUGAUCUGUUAUUUUUAUAGAGCUCCCUUAAAAAAGAAAGAUUGUAGGAAGACGUCCUUUUGGAGUAACUUUCAUUCUCUAUUUUUCGCGAGUCACCAAACUUUCCUCUUGCGUCGAAAAUGUUUCAUUUUGGGAUCUACAGUGUUUGGAUUUUAUUCGUCGCCGUUUUCAACGUCGCUCUGUGCAACUACUCCGAGGACCAGUGCAGCUGGAGAGGAAGCGGGCUGUCCCAGCAGCCGGGCAGCGUGGAGCAGAUCUCCCUGCACUGCUCCGAGGGCACCCUGGACUGGCUGUACCCCCAGGGGGCGCUGCGGCUCAGCCUGUCGCCCCGCCUGCCCUCGGCGGCCGUGGGGCCGGGCGGCGGCGGCGGCAGCUCGGGCCUCAUCACGGCCUGCGUCAAGCCCUCCGGAGACUUCCACGGGGCCCAGCUGUACCUGGAGCGGGACGGGGUGCUGGAGCUGCUGCUGGGGGACCGCGGGGCGGACCCCGCCGCGCCCCCCAGGGUGCGCUGCUUCAGCCGGCUGCCCGGGGAGAGGCUGGCCCUCUACCUGCAGGCCACGCCCCACCAGGACAUCAGCCGACGCAUCGCCGCCUUCCGCUACGAGCUGAGAGGGGAUUGGACGGCUCGGCUGUCCCUGGACUCCAACCGCGUCAGCAGCGAAGAUGCCUGCAGGCCCUGCAACAACACCGAGAUCCUGAUGGCCGUCUGCACCAGCGACUUCGUGGUGCGAGGCAACAUCCGCUCGGUGGAGGCGGACCAGAGCCUCCGGGCGGCGGUCAUCAAGGUCAGCGCCACCCGCGUCUUCCGCCAGAAGUACGCCCUGUUCACGGGCGCGGGCCGGCUGACCCGCCGCGGCGACAUCAGGACCUUCCAGCAGUGCGGCGUGCGGCCCGGUGCCGGCAGCUUCCUGUUCACCGGCCGGGUGCACUUCGGCGAGGCGUGGCUGGGCUGCGCGCCGCGCUACAAGGACUUCCUGCAGGCCUACCUGGUCGCCAAGGAGGCGCGGCAGAUCCCGUGUGAGCUGGCGGUGGACUGAAGUCAGAACCGGGGAGAGACACUACGGCGCCGUUCUGAAGCUCGGAACCCAGAGCUUGAAGACCCGGGUUCUGAACCCGGGUCUCCCAGGGUGCACAGAGCCUGAUCCACACAGGAGCCAGUCCUGAUGCGAGCGUCCUGAAUGUGAUGUCCGCCGAGAAGCCAGGGGGACCACCGUGUGGUCCGGUGGUUUGAUUCCAGGGGGACCACCGGGUGAUCCUGUGGUUUGAUUCCCAGUGCAAUAAGCUGUGAGCUCCCCUCCCCAGACCAGGGGAGAUGGAGAUGAACUAUCUGCUGCUGAAAUACCACCAAACUGUUCUAGAAGAAGCAUUCCUGUCAAUGCAGGCUCGCUGACGCCCCCGCUGAGGAGGACUGCUCGGGCGGUGCAUUCAAGGAACUCAGGAAACGAGGAAUGUUUUGUAUGGUUCUGAAUGGUUCUGAAUGGUUCUUGUAUGAAAUGUGUUGGGAGAUCCAUUCUGGAGUUGGAAACAGGAAGAAGAAUUAAAGUUCAUGUUUUCAUAGCUAGUGACGAGGCAGCCAGUCCCCAUCGGCGCUGUUCCUUAGCAGGCGAAAUGUAGUCAUUUAAAAUUAUAUAAAAUUAAUGAAUUAAAAUUUGCACUGAUAAGGAGAUGGACGUCUGAAAGAGAGAUGCUAGAAGCAAUGAACCAAAUGCAUAGCGACUAUAUGUAGCAUAGCAGAGCAACUGAGAAGUUAAUAUAUGUGGCCCAGAGCUGAAGCGAGCAUGAAGCUACGCUAGGCUAGGUUAAAGCUUUGCAGACUUUUAGCUCAGAGGAGUGCUGAAAGCACUUUUUCGUAACCUAGCUGGCCGAUCUGGUUGGUGAAUAGGUCCAGGGGUCCACUUCCCUGAAUAAUCAUCUUGAAGAGAUGUGUCCUCUAGCCAGGCUACCCCCCCCCCCCCCCCCCCCCCCCUUUCGUUGGUUUAAUCAUCUCAAACACCUUAUCUCAUUCUUUCCUCAACACUGCUUGAUUUUAAAGUGGUUUUCAUGUGAAAACUUUGUUCCCAAAAACACGCCAUUUCACGGUGAGGCCAUCACACCAGGAAUACCAAGAAGACUGAGCUAAAGGGCCUCAGAAGGCCAGCAGCACCUACCCCCUGGUUCGCUGCUUUUAUCUGCACUAGUGGAAAACACAGGGAGUGGGGUCAAACCAAACCAGUAGAAGCUGUUCACUGCCAUUUGAUACAGUUUAUAUUGUUUGUACGUUCUGUUCAUACCAAUGUGAAUGUAAAUAUGUUAAUAAGAAAAUUUAGAAAUUAACUUGGAAAAAAAUGUUCAAGUGUUGUCUAUUAUCUGCUUUCUGUGUUAUUAAAAUGUUUC